CUAAGGAACUCAUGCGCUCUUUCCGGCAACCGGACUGAGAACUUCCCCUCAGCACAAAUCAUCACCAACAAGAUCUCAAGAUGCCCGCCAUCCUGGACGAUCCUGCGGCCCCGACAAUCUACCGUGUCUCGGGUGAUCCGCCGUACCCGGACCCGGCCAACCCGGCCGUGCCCCCGGGCAUCGCCCCGCGCCAUGUGACGCUGCGGGAUCGUCAAACCGUGGCUACGGUCGUCCCAUUUGCAUCCCGCCAUGAAGUACCCGAGUCGCUUCUGCGCUAUCUCAAUGACCAAUUCAACAAGGAGAUUGAGGGCGGGGAUACGUACCCGAUGCUAGAGCAAAUGCCCUUCGACAAGUUCGCAUCCUAUUGGUUCCAGAACUUUGCCGGCAUCAUGCUCCUCGGCCACAUUGAGAGCGCCGCCGAGGUUGUCGAAGGCAAAGACUGGUCCAAGGACUGCCUAGGCACCUUCUACAUCAAGCCCAACUACCCCGGGCGCAGCAGCCAUGUCUGCAACGCUGGUUUCAUCGUCACCGACGCCGCCCGUAACCGAGGUGUGGGCCGACUUAUGGGUGAGGCAUACCUGGACUGGGCGCCCAAGCUGGGAUACAAGUACUCCGUGUUCAAUCUUGUCUACGAAACGAAUGUCGCUUCGUGCAAAAUCUGGGACGCGCUGGGCUUCAAGCGCAUCGGACGUGUCAAGGGCGCCGGCAACCUCAAGAGCUACCCAGACCGGCUGGUGGACGCCAUCAUCUACGGGCGAGACCUGGGCGACGCGGCAGGCGGCGCGGGCAACGAGGAACUUGCUGCGUAGUGCUGCUACCCACUACAAGCUACUGGACGGCGACAUUCUGAUGCUCAAGGACAAGGAAGUCAUCUCGGACCCGCAGCGGCAGUACGAGAUCGCCAGGGUAGUGCACAACCAGGCCCACGGGGGAUCAACAAGACCACGUCCACCAUCGCGGAGCG